AUGGAGCCUGUCAAUGGGACAGUGGUCUCUGAGUUCUUCCUGAAGGGAUUCUCAGGCUACCCAGCUCUGGAGCACCUGCUGUUCCCUCUAUGCUCAGCCAUGUACCUGAUUACCCUGCUGGGGAACACAGCCAUUGUGGCAGUGAGCAUUCUAGAUGCCCGCCUGCACACACCCAUGUACUUCUUCCUGGGCAACCUCUCCAUCUUGGACAUCUGCUACACAUCCACUUUUGUGCCCCUGAUGCUGAUCCACCUCUUGUCAUCACAGAAGACCAUCUCCUUUAUUGGCUGUGCCAUCCAGAUGUGUCUUAGCCUGUCCACGGGCUCCACAGAGUGCCUGCUGCUUGCCAUCAUGGCCUAUGACCGCUAUCUAGCCAUUUGCCAACCACUCAGAUACCCCGUGCUCAUGAGCCACCGGCUCUGCUUGCUGCUGGUGGGAACCGCAUGGGUGUUCUGCUUCAUCAAGUCAGUGACUGAGACAGUCAUAGCCAUGAAGCUGCCCUUCUGUGGCCACUGCAUGGUCAGUCACUUCACCUGUGAGAUCCUAGCAUUGCUGAAACUGGCCUGCAGUGACACAUCAGUCAGCGAGGCCUUCCUGCUGCUGGGUGCCAUCCUGCUGCUGCCUGUGCCCCUGACCCUCAUCUGCCUAUCCUACUCACUCAUUCUGGCCAACAUCUUGAGGGUGCCCUCAGCCACAGGGCACCGAAAAGCCUUCUCCACCUGUUCAGCACACCUGGCUGUGGUGCUGCUUUUCUAUAGCACCGUCAUCUUCAUGUACAUGAAACCCAAGAGCAAGGAGCCCCACAUCUCUGAUGAAGUCUUCACAGUCCUCUAUGCUGUGGUCACACCCAUGCUGAACCCUGUCAUUUACAGCCUGAGGAACAAGGAGGUGAAGGAGGCUGCCAAGAAGAUAUGUGGCAGCAAACAAGCCUGCAGGUGA